UAAACUUCACAAAUCGUUCAUGAUCAUAACAAACGGGUGACUGACUAGCUUUUACCAAAACCUAUUAAUCUUUACAAGGUUUUAUAACCGAAUGUACUUUCUGCUGGUUUAAAUGUAAAAUUACCCAUCGAAUUCAAGAUUAAAAUCAAAUGUUUAACCGUCAUAACGAUUUUCCGCUUUUAGCACACAGUACAGACAUGUUUUAAACAGCAGCAAAUAUAAUUAUGGAUAUCGUAGCCGACAACUCAAAGGUUAAAGCAGAUCAAAAGUUUAAGGUAAAAGGAUGUUUUCUUCUCAUUCUCAUUUCUACAAUCAUCGGCGAAAUGGUUGCCCUGUUGGCACUAGUUGGACACUGGCGGGUGCUACGGGAGGACAUUAUGAGCCCUACACAGCAACAGAUGUGUCUGCCAUUGUACAGAUUCACUUUGGCAGAUGAUGAGGAAGCAAACAAAAAAUGUCCUAGUAGACUUAACAAAAAGAAAAAUUCAAACAUUUGUUGCGGGACUUUGAGUGAUGUGCUUGACAAAGUUUCUAACAAGGUUGUCAUGGAAAAAUAUAAUAGUGACGCAAAUCCUGAAAUGAGUUCGCUGAACCUGACGGAUUACAAAUGCAAGGAAUCCGAUAAGAAGCAACCAAAGGCACAUCUUGUGGACUUAUCACAUGAUAAAAAGCCAGUUCCUUUGGGGAUGUCAUCAAAGUUACUAUGGAAUACUGACCCACCAUCUUAUGCAAAUUCUGGGUUGAAGCAUUUAAAAGAAGAAGGAACAAUAUAUGUAGAAAAGCCCGGUCAUUAUUACAUAUCGUCACAACUAAAAACAAAAAUUGCGAAAACGAAUGAUACAGACGCAACUUCAGACAGCACAUUUAGACACUACGUGCAUUUGAUCUCAAGCAAAGGGACGGAGGGAGUAGUAAUACUUGAGGGUGCACAUUCCCCUGUGAAAUGGCGUCAGAUGUUUCAGAAAGUACAAGUGUCCUUGGUUCUGUUUUCCCCGACUGGAGCACGGGAUCGGCUGUAG